AUGAAUAUGAGCUCUAGCCUCAAAAGAUCUACUUCUGACUCUCGCCCUCCUUCACCCCCCAGAAAGAGAUUCACGCCUGCUUUCUCGUUUCGGACGCAUCUCUCGGAGAGCUCGUUGGCUUCUAAGCAACACUACGAUCAUCAGACUAGAUCAAACAUUGUUGAUGCAGUGUUAACGCCUGUCUCUGCUCAUUCCAGAGAAACAGGAACACCGUUCUAUCAAUGCGACAUGAUUGCUAUCACCAAAGCGGAGAAGGAAAUAGACAGACUCAGAGACGAGUUGUAUGUCGCUAACAGGAAACUCGAGGAUGAGGAACGCGAAUUGGAUUCACGUACGAAAACGAUAUUGAAUUUACUCAAGGAAAAGGACGACAUGAAGGAGAACUAUGAGGCUUUGUUGCGCGAAAAGGAGGCUGCCAUUAGUAACCUAACCGCCAGAAUCGGGAAAGAUUUCCCUUCUAGGGGACACGAAGAGGAGGAAAAUCCGCCUCAAGACGAAGAUGAGGACAACAUAUCAAUAAUCGAGAUCACCUCGAGUGACUCACCGCAAGACGAUGAUUAUUUUGAAAGGCAUUCUGACGAAGAAAAUACCAGUGAUAAAGAAGCUACCUCGACGCCCGUACAAAGACGAAACACGAAUGAAACUGUCAGCGCCCGGUUGAGUAAUCACCGAAAGAAGCCUGCUCUCGAUGCCGUUCUCAAAAGUGCUCGCCAUGAGUAUGAUGCCAGAGUGGUCGCAACCUGUCCAUUUCCGAACACCAGCCAGCAAGAGGGUAUUGCUAGAUCAUGUUUGGAGAAAACUGACAUCAGUGCGAUAUACAGUUCUGACAAGUCCUGUCUGCAGAGCGUCUUCCGGAAAGUCAAUAACGUCUGCGGCGAAUUGAUUCGUUCGAACGUUCGGAAAUCUGUCCAGCAGACAUACGGUUUCAGCAUGUUAAAUGGCACCAAAAAGAAUGAGUCCUUGUAUCGACGACUUGUGGAAGACUAUGCUUAUGUUUAUAAGGACCCCACCAAACGGACAGGGAUUUUUGAAAACUCCAUUAUUCAGGGUAUCCUCAAAUUCUUCCUUACACAAUCAAACAUGAGACCCUUCCUCCUUGCUUCCAACAGCAUCUUUAACCCGAUACCACGCGAAACUAUAGCCUUCAUCCUUACAUUGGUGAAAUUCUGCCUUAGUGAGUGGCAGACUGGUGUCCAUAAGAAAACCAAGUUCUAUCGAAUUAAAAAUGUCGGGAGCUAUGAAAGGCUGCUGAAUGUCCUGGAAGGCUGGGAGAAACAUCGCCGAGAGAGCUCAAUGAAAAUCCGGACUAAUCUUUAUACAAUGAUAUGUGCCUGCAUUGAAGAUGAACCAGUUGAAGUUUGA